AUCAUUUAAUACAUAAAGCUUUAUACAAAUUAUAAAGUAUUUAAAAAACUAAAUAUGAAAUAUUUAAUUGUACUAGCCGCGUGUAUAUGUGGGAUGCUGUGCGCCACCACUCAGGCUCCGGGCACCACUCCGCUGUCCAAAGCGGCACUGGAGGCGAGAGCCGCCCAACUGGAGGAGCGCCUGGAGAAAGACGCCGCUCGACUGAGACAAGACCCCCGUAUCGACAUCCGCGAGUUGGCCACCCUUGACCUGUACGACGCUGAGCUUCGGGUGCUGUCGUCCGAGCUCGACCUCGCAGUCACGCAACGCGAGAUCCAGAACCUCGAGGUCCGACUGAACGACUUGGAGAUCCGGGUGGACGCCGAGCUCGAGCGAUUGGAGCGUUUGCUGAACCCGACUACUCCCCAACCGGCCAGUACUGCCGCACCGUCAACUGCCAGGCCAUCCACUGCUGCACCGUCAACCGCCCGGCCAUCUACUGCCGCACCGUCAACCGCCAGGCCAUCUACCGCCCGACCAUCUACUGCCGCACCGUCGACCGCCCGGCCAUCAACAGCCAGGCCGUCUACUGCCGCACCGUCAACCGCCAGGCCAUCUACUGCCCGGCCAUCAACCGCAGCCCCGGUAACAACAGCUUAA